UCUGAAGAGGGUAACCGGAAGCACUGAGGGACUUCAAACAUGGCGGCUGCCCGCUCUCUGCGCUGGGGCCUGAACCGAGCCGGAACCUGGCUGGUCCCGUCGGCCGCUCGCUGCCCUCGCCGGACUCUGCACGACCAGGUAGACAGCACCGAGUUUCAGAGUAUCUACAGCCUGGAUAAACUCUACCCCGAAUCCCGAGGCUUGGACACCGCCUGGAGGGUCCCGGAUGCUGCAAAGGAAGCCAACAAUGACAUCCCUCUAGAUCGUCUGACAAUAUCUUAUUGUCGGAGUAGUGGUCCUGGAGGCCAGAAUGUUAACAAAGUGAACUCCAAGGCUGAGGUGAGGUUCCACUUGGCAACUGCUGACUGGAUAGCAGAGCCAGUGCGGCAGAAAAUAGCCAUCAAGCAUAAAAAUAAGAUGAAUAAGUCUGGAGAAUUGAUACUUACGUCUGAGAGCAGCCGUUAUCAGUUCAAAAAUCUGGCAGACUGCCUACAGAAAAUUCGAGACAUGAUUGCAGAGGCCAGUCAGAUGCCUGUGGAACCCUCCAGAGAAGAUGUUGUUCUUCAGAGGAUUAGAAAAUAUGAACCGGGAAAGGCUGAGACAAAAGAGAAUAAAUGCUGCCACCAAAGCAAACAGGAGAGUCAGUAUGGACUGAAACCCUCCUCCAGAGCCACAAAGGCCCUCUUCAGGAUAUCUGGGCAGCUGCAGCCAGAGCUUUCGCGCUGUCAGGAGACUCCUUUGUUGUGGUUGUUAGUGCCUCUCUCUAACACGGGGACCAUCUCAGGAAUGAGCAUUUGGAAUGUGGAUUCAGGCACUGACUGCAAAGACUUUAAAGGCAGUCACCAUGCUGGGAGGCUUAAUUACCCAUUUAUGUAUUAGCUGUAAUAAAAUCCUGAAUUCAGUAGGCUUUCCUUCCCACUCAUAAUGCUUGAGAAUAAAAUUCCUACCUUUUUCCCC